UCUAGCCUCGAGGUAAAGUGCACUUCUGCGGUCUCAGAUUGAUCUGAAUUACGUCUUUGCGAUUGUUGUGGCAACAGCAAUUGAGACUCGACUUGCCCUCGGCCAAACAUUAUAUCAACUUCCCCGCGCCUUAUCUCCCCUCGGGUUAAUUCAAAAGUAGUAAAAAUGGCUUCAGCCAAUACCAAGUCCAAGGUUCUACUCCUGGGAAAGAUCAUCCACGCGCACAAAACGUGGCAAUCCCUAAGUGAUAUCGCAGAGCUAGUCGAACCAACCGCAACCAACCGUGCCGAGUUUAUCCAAGAAUGCAAAGACGGCAAGCUCGACGGCGUAGUCGCCGCAUACCGCACCUUCGACUCGGUGAGCAUCACCGGCCUGGUAGAUGAGGAAUUGGUGAAUGCCCUUCCGAGCUCGUUGAAGUACCUGGCCCACUGCGGCGCCGGAUACGACCAAGUCGACGUCCACGCCUGCAGCGCUCGCUCACCACCCGUCCGUGUCUCAAAUGUCCCAACAGCUGUCGACGACGCCACCGCUGAUGUAAACAUGUUUCUGAUCAUCGGAGCUCUCCGCAACUUCAACACGGGCAUGCUCGCCCUGCGUGAAGGCAAGUGGCGCGGACAACCACUCCCUGCCUUGGGCCAUGAUCCCGAGGGCAAAGUGCUGGGUAUUCUGGGAAUGGGCGGUAUUGGCCGUAACCUAAAGAAGAAGGCCGAGGCAUUUGGCAUGAGAGUCAUCUACCAUAACCGGCGGCAGUUGACAGAGGAGCUCGCCGGUGGAGCUGAUUAUGUGACGUUUGACGAGCUGUUGGCCAAGAGUGAUGUGAUCAGUUUGAACUUGCCUUUGAAUAAAAACACCCGCCACAUCAUCGGCAAGCCCGAAUUCGACAAGAUGAAAGAUGGUGUCGUCAUCGUGAACACUGCCCGUGGUGCCGUUAUUGAUGAAGCAGCCCUCGUUGACGCCCUGGACAGCGGCAAGGUUUACUCUGCCGGUCUGGAUGUCUUCGAGGAAGAACCCAAGAUUCAUCCUGGUCUGGUUCGGAACCCUAAUGUGUUGCUUGUCCCCCAUAUGGGCACUUGGACUGUUGAGACUCAAACCGCCAUGGAAGAAUGGGCGAUGGAAAAUGUGCGCUUGGCGAUUGAAACUGGGAAGCUGAAGAGUCCUGUUCCCGAACAGACUGAUCUAUAGAUUUGGCUGAG